AUGGGCAAGGGGAAAAAAGGGUACUGGUGGGUGGACCUCGGCCCGCCAGGCGAAGCUGGGCGCAAGCGGGUGAGACGACGCCACCGCUGGGGCCGCGCAGUCCAGGUGUGCACAUCGCGCGCCCCCCCCUCCCCCCGUGUGCCUUCGACCACGCCUGUCGGCGUCACCUGCUCCUGCUUCUCUCCACCUCUGGCGGCCUGGCCCGGUCUGCGGGGCCCGAGGGAGCGGACUGGCGUGGCGGCCCCUCUCGCCUUGGCUGCCGACUCCCGCCCGGCCCCCACUGCAAAGGCACCCUUCGCAUCCCGGCCGCCCCGACGGGGUUGCUGCAGGAGACGGAGCCAGCCGCACAGAGGAAGCCCAAGUCGUGGGGAGACGGGGCCCCUUACUGGCCCGCGGCCGCCGCCGCCGGUCGGCUGCGCGCUCCUGCUGCUCCUCCUGCUGCUGGUGCCGGCGGCGGUGCGCGGCUGCGGGCCGGGCCGGGUGGUGGGGAGCCGCCGCCGCCCGCCCAGGAAGCUCAUCCCGCUGGCCUACAAGCAGUUCAGCCCCAACGUGCCCGAGAAGACGCUGGGCGCCAGCGGCAGGGACGAGGGCAAGAUCGCCCGCAACUCCGAGCGCUUCAAGGAGCUGACGCCCAACUACAACCCGGACAUCAUCUUCAAGGACGAGGAGAACACCGGCGCCGACCGACUCAUGACCCAGCGCUGCAAGGAUCGUCUCAACUCGUUGGCCAUCUCAGUGAUGAACCAGUGGCCAGGAGUAAAGCUGCGUGUGACUGAGGGCUGGGACGAGGACGGCCACCACUCUGAGGAGUCGCUGCACUACGAGGGCCGUGCCGUUGACAUCACCACAUCAGACCGUGACCGCAACAAGUACGGCAUGCUGGCUCGCUUGGCGGUAGAGGCCGGCUUCGACUGGGUCUACUAUGAGUCCAAAGCCCACAUCCACUGCUCUGUUAAAUCUGAGCAUUCAGCAGCAGCAAAGACAGGAGGAUGCUUCCCGGCCCGGGCACUGGCAACUCUAGAGAACAGGACCAGGAUUCCACUGUGGGCACUGAAGCCUGGGCAGCGGAUCCAAGCCAUGGAUGAGGAAGGCCGUCUCAUAUACAGUGAAUUCCUGACAUUUCUGGACAAGGCACCUCUGCUGCACACUGCUUUCCACAUCAUCGAGACACAAGAUCCACCCCGUCGCCUCGCUCUCACAGCAGCACACCUCCUUUUUGUGGGGGACAAUGUCACGACACCCACGAAGGCUGUUUUUGCCAGCCAAGUACACCCAGGCCAAUAUGUGCUGGCCGCAGAGGGGACUGAGCUGCAGCCAGCCAGAGUAACAGCUGUUUCCAAGCAGAUGGACAUCGGGGCAUAUGCUCCCCUCACCAGCCACGGAACAGUGGUGGUAGAUGAAGUGGUGGCCUCCUGCUUUGCACUGGUGCAGGAGCAGCACCUGGCACAACUGGCCUUCUGGCCCCUUCGACUCUAUCACAGCCUGACAGGUGGCCACCGGACCCAACCGGAAGGCGUGCAUUGGUACUCUGCACUGCUCUAUCGUCUGGGCCAGAUGCUCCUGGCUUCAGACAGCUUCCACCCACUGGCCACAGCACAGUUUGACAGCUGA